GAAGGAUCUGACGCAAUCUACGAUGGGCUCUUCGUUGCAUUUGACACACCACCCGUUUUGGUUUUGUUCAUUUCCCCACCUCGAGUCUGAUUAAUCAAUCUCAACUGCAUGCAGUCGGGUUUAAGCUGCGUGGAUUUCCUGAACCGGAGAUGAUCGGAGGCAUCGUUUCACCUCCUGCAUUCUGGAUGACGACAUCCCAACAGCUUCUCUGAUUCAGCACAUGAUUUCUUGUCGUUCUGAUUUAUCGACACACUCUGUAAGAUCCGACACAUUCUUCUUCUAACCACCAGUUUCAACCGCACUCCGUCCCUAAUUGCCCCAUCCCUUGAUCCAUUGCAAUCAGUCAGAAGGACAACUGUUGCAGCAUGACAGAUAGAGCAUACCACACCCCCGCAGAUGACUUCUCGCGGUACGGGGGAGCUACAGCUCACCUUCCCAAGCUCGAAGUCAACGAUCUCCAACAUGCGGGGCCCCCUCCGGGCCCAGGCGCUAAAUACACGCCUCCGCAGGCUGGACCCGCCCAGCCGUGGUACAACCCACGCGGGUGGUCACUGCGCACCAAGCUGAUUGCUGGCGUCGUUGGCGUAGCCGUGGUUGUGGCUGUCAUUGUGGGAGCUGUCGAGGGGACAAAGGCAAAUCGCUAUCCGGACUAUACGCAACUUAAUUACCAGCUGGUAGAUACGUAUUCGGGCACAUCGUUUCUCGAUCGCUUUGACUAUUACCAUGGCGAGGACCCUACCGAGGGGUUUGUCCAAUAUGUGGAUCAAACGGCGGCAAAUGCGCUGAAUCUCACUUACGCUACGGAUUCAUCCGUCGUACUGAAGGUCGAUACCUCGAAUCAGAAUGCGGUUAAUGGCCGACAGUCUGUGCGGCUGGAGUCGAAGACCGGGUACGACCAUGGCCUGUUUAUCUUUGAUAUUCUUCAUACGCCCUAUGGCUGUGGUACGUGGCCAGCGUUGUGGUUGACGGAUACAUUCAAUUGGCCCGCGAACGGAGAAAUCGAUGUCCUGGAGACGACGAACAAUGCUCCUGAAGGCAAUGCCGUCACCUUGCACACGACAAGUGGCUGCAAUAUGAAGGUUAGGCGAAAGCAGACUGGUGAUACGGUGUAUACAACCUGCGACAACAGCACCAAUACCAACGCAGGGUGUGGCGUCCAAGGAUCGCCCGAUAGCUAUGGGGAGCCGUUUAACAACAACGGUGGAGGUGUCUAUGCCCUGGAACUGCGAGACGCCGGCAUCCGCGCCUGGAUGUUCCCCCGAGACUCUAUCCCAGACGACAUCACCAAUUCCAGCAGUUCUCCAGACCCAUCCACUUGGGGCACCGCGUUAGCCGACUUCCCCAACACCGACUGCGACAUCCCGUCGCAUUUCCGCAAUCAAAGCAUCAUUGCUAACAUCGACCUGUGCGGGACGCUCGGCGCUCAGAAGCAGUUCUACACAGAACAAUCGCAUUGUCCGGGCACGUGCAACAAUUUUGUCGCAACGAACCCAUCGGCCUUUACAGAGGCUUACUGGGAAUUCAGAAGUUUCAAAGUCUAUCAAGCUCAGUAGAUUUCUUGGCCAUGAUUUAUUUUGGUUAAUGAGCCCCGUAUAUGUUCGGCGGGGCAUAAUGUAAUGGAUAUGGAUUUAUGCGAUUAUAUGGGUGGUUGUCUGGAAUUGUCAUUUUGCUAAUGCAUCGCCACUGGCUAAUAAUAUU